GUAGAAAAUACAUAAGCAAUCGUAUAACCUCGAUACAUUUGUAGGCGUGAAGUUUAUCUGUAUAUGGAAAUUAAAUAAAUCUUAAUAAAUUAGCGAAUCAAACCUUCGAGUUAUAUAAAACAUGAAGACAGACAUUACUGAUCCAUGGUGUGGAGUAGACACACCAGAAGAGAGCAACGAUAAAUCUAUAAAUUUUUUCGAGGAUUCUUUCGUAGAAGAUCAAUCAGAACAUACGAAAUUAGCCGAUUCAGAGGAGUAUUUGGAAAAGCUUUAUUGCAGACUUAAAAAUCUUCAAAAGGGUACAUCAAAAAAAGAUCUUGUAUCAUCUUUAUCUGUAAUAAAAGAAGAUACUAUUGCACGUUUAAUAACCUCUGGGUAUAAACUUGAAGCAGAAGAAGAAACUGAACUUGUUUCAAAUCCUUUAAUAAGACAUAUAGCACCACAUUUGCAAGCACUAACUGCUAGUGAAUUAGUUCAUCUUUUGAAAGCAGAUGUUCUUCAAGUAAUUAAUGAAUCUGAGCAACAAGGAGAACAAGCCACAGAGAUAAUAACAAAUCAACAAGUUAUAAAUCAUCAGUCAAAAGACCAAAGCAGUGAUUAAUCUUUUAAUCAAUUAUGUCGAUCAAAACCCU